GCGACACUUGCGAGACCACUGGCAACCCAGCAAGCAGCUCAACUACACACACACACCACAUUGAGCAACUAUCAGCUCAUACACGCCCCAAGGCAUUAAACAAUAGAGGACACAGCAUCCCCCUCCCUCCAUCUCCCAACACACCUCGCCACCAACUCACCUCAUGGCAACAGCAACCUACCACCCCUCCGUCUUCUCGUUCCCCCCGGGGGGCGCGUUCCCCUCGGACGGGGUAUACACCCCCACGCUAGAGGACCAGCGGGACACGGAGGAGGUCAUUGCCGACCUCUUGCGCGAGAUCUCGCCCGCAAAGGUCGCGAGCGAGCCGGCUACGCAUGACGGCACGACGGCGCUGCGUAAGAACGAGACGGCCCAGUUCAUGGGGCAGCACCUCUUCCAGUGCCCUCCGUCGUACACGGCGCUGGACGCGAGCAAGCCGUGGCUCAUGUUCUGGAUCCUGCACUCGCUGGACCUGCUUGGCAUUGCGCUGGACGACGCCACGAAGAAGAGAGCCGUCACGACGCUCCUCUCGUUCAAGCUUCCAAGCGGCGGCUUUGCAGGCGGCGCAGCCAACACCCAGAUCGCCCACCUCCUCCCGACGUACGCGGCUGUUAUUGCUCUCGCAAUCUCUGGAAACGCGACCGAGGGUUUCGGCUGGGAACAGCUCGCGGCGUCCAGGCAGAACAUUUACGACUUCUUCAUGAGGAUGAAGCGGCCCGAAGGAGGCUUUUCCGUGUGUGACGGCGGUGAAACGGACGUCCGUGGCACGUACUGCCUCCUCGUCGUCGCCACGGUUCUGGACAUCCUCACCCCCGAGCUCCUGCACAACAUUGACAAGCACCUCGUCGGGUGCCAGACCUAUGAGGGUGGCUUUGCGUCUGACAUGUGGACGUUUGGAGGGGCCACUAAUGGCCCGUCGGCGUCGUUUGCCGAGGCGCACGGCGGAUACACCUCCUGUGCGCUCCUCGCACACUUCCUCCUCACCUCUAUCCAGCCGCCCUCUGAGCCUCUGCCGUCGCUUGCGCCGGGCUUCCCCGCAGCGAUCGACGUCGACUCUGCUGUGCGUUGGUCCGCGCUUAUGCAGGGCAACUCCUACGAGCUCGGCGGGUUCCGUGGCCGCAGCAACAAGCUCGUGGACGGAUGCUACUCGUGGUGGGUGGGUGGCGGGUUCCCUGUGCUCGAGGAGCUCGUUCGCAAGGGCAACGAGAGCAAGAGCGAGGGGGAAAGCGACGCCAAGGUCACCGUUCUGGACGGUGACGACGGGGACUGGGUCGAUGUGGCCGGCUCUCAGGGGCUGUUCAACCGCGUGGCACUGCAAGAGUAUGUCCUGCUCGCGGGACAGAAUGAAGCUGGCAAGGGCGGUGGACUCCGCGACAAGCCAGGCAAGCGGCCCGACCUGUACCACACGGCCAACGAUCUGUCCGGGCUGUCGAUCGCCCAGCACCACGUCAAGCACUCGCCCGUGCUGGUGGAGAAGAACCGCGGCCUGUUUGACGCGUCCAAGGGCUUCCCGCCCGUCAAGCCGACCAAGCCUGAAGGCGGGUGGAAGAGCGAGGCCGAGCGGCAGCGCGCGAGGCGAGAAGUGUUUGCCAACGCGCUGGGCUGGACCGAGGAGAAGGGCGAGUUGAUUGUGGUUGGUGGGGACGCGUCGCGUGUGAACACGACCACGCCAGUGUUCAACGCCCUGGGUCUCCGCAUGCGCCUGUUUAUCAACUACUUUUACCAGCAGCAGGCGUAAGAGCUUUCCAGGUGUCG